AAUCAAUCAAUUUGUUCACGUUCAUUGUGUAGCUUGGAGCCGUAACUUGCAAGUUGCAACUAAGCUCUUAUACCCGCCAUUGAUUUUCUCUAUAUUCAUUUCUCUCUUCUUAUAUAAGUUACAAAUAAAUAGGAAAAUCUCCGAUAUUUGUCCCGGUUCCUUUCAAAUUCUUUAUCAGUAUUUUUAGGUAUCUCUCAUUUGAACCAGAGAUAUUGGAUUGUUGAUAAGGAUUCCGGGUGUAGAAGCCUCAACAUCAGGAAUGAUGGCCACUUCUGAAGCAGUUCUUCAAGUUAUAGGUGGUUCACAGCCUUGUCUUUUUGGAUCUGAUCAUUCUUUUAGGAAAUUUGGAUCAUCACAUACCUGCAGAUCCUUCAUAAGAUACAGAAAGAAGAGGGUUUCAAAAUAUGUGAAUUUUCUCAACUGUUCAAACACAUCAUAUCGUGCUAUUAGGGUCGAUCACUUUCUGAACACCAGACAACCUGUUCAUGGGAAUAUUGCUCAGUCCUAUUUAAGAUCUGCGAACUGCAAAUGCCAGCGAGCUGACAGUGUGAGUAGUACUGCAUCGGAAAAUGGAACUGGGACAUGGUUUGUUGACAAUGACCAGAGCUUCGAUGCAGUUCAUGGUAAUACACCAAGUGUUCUGCAGUUUGAGACAGUAGAAGAGCUUAAAGUAGGAGAGGACUUUCAAUCCAAUGGGAGCUUACCUCCAAAUGGCUCAGUGCAAGAUGCCUUGAACAGAAUAGCUGAAAACUCCAUUGAGGAUGAAGCGUGGGAACUACUACGGGAGUCUAUGGUUUAUUAUUGUGGUAGCCCUGUAGGAACAAUUGCUGCUCAGGACCCAACCAGUUCCAAUGUCGGUGUUCUAAACUACGAUCAGGUCUUUAUCCGUGACUUUAUACCUUCUGGUAUAGCUUUUCUGCUGAAGGGAGAAUAUGAGAUUGUUCGCAACUUCAUCCUUCACACUCUUCAGUUGCAGAGCUGGGAGAAAACUAUGGAUUGUCAUAGUCCUGGUCAAGGGCUGAUGCCCGCUAGUUUCAAAGUCCGGACAGUUCCAUUGGAUGGUGAUGACUCUGCGACAGAAGAGGUACUGGAUCCAGACUUUGGAGAGGCAGCAAUUGGUCGCGUUGCCCCAGUUGAUUCCGGACUAUGGUGGAUUAUUUUGUUACGUGCAUAUGGGAAGAGCUCUGGUGAUCUCUCAGUGCAGGAGAGGAUUGAUGUUCAGACUGGAAUAAAAAUGAUACUAAGACUGUGUCUUGCUGAUGGCUUUGAUAUGUUCCCAACAUUGUUGGUGACUGAUGGUUCAUGCAUGAUAGAUCGCCGUAUGGGAAUUCAUGGUCACCCUUUGGAGAUUCAGGCGCUGUUUCAUUCAGCACUGCUUUGUGCUCGGGAAAUGCUUACGCCAGAGGAUGGAUCAGCUGACCUUAUCCGAGCAUUAAAUAAUCGUCUUGUUGCCUUAUCAUUUCAUAUUAGAGAAUACUAUUGGAUUGAUAUGAAAAAGCUAAAUGAGAUUUACCGGUACAAGACGGAGGAGUACUCCUAUGAUGCAGUUAAUAAGUUCAAUAUUUACCCAGAUCAGAUUUCUCCUUGGCUAGUUGAAUGGAUGCCUAACAAGGGUGGAUAUUUGAUUGGAAAUUUGCAACCUGCUCACAUGGAUUUUCGCUUCUUUUCUCUAGGAAACUUGUGGUCUAUAGUCUGCAGUCUUACAACAGACGAUCAGUCACAUGCUAUAUUGGAUCUCAUUGAGGCGAAGUGGGCAGAUCUGGUCGCUGAUAUGCCUUUUAAAAUAUGCUACCCUGCUCUUGAGGGUCAGGAGUGGCAGAUUAUUACAGGGUGUGAUCCCAAGAACACGCCUUGGUCCUACCAUAAUGGAGGUGCGUGGCCAACUUUGCUUUGGCAGCUGGCUGUUGCUUCUAUUAAAAUGAAUAGACCCGAGAUUGCUGCCAAAGCUGUUGAAGUUGCAGAGAAGCGCAUAUCACGAGACAAGUGGCCGGAAUAUUAUGACACUAAAAAAGCAAGGUUCGUCGGGAAACAAGCUCGCCUUUUCCAGACUUGGUCAAUAGCUGGAUACCUCGUCGCCAAGCUUCUUCUUGCCAAUCCAAGCGCUGCAAAGAUCCUCAUUACUCAAGAAGACUCUGAGCUUCUCAAUGCCUUCUCUUGUGCUAUCAGUUCUAAUCCCAGAAGAAAGCGCGGUCCAAAAAGUUCCCAGAAGACCUACAUAGUAUGAGAUCAAGUCAGUUCAAGAUUAUGAUGAAAGCAACCCCUCAAAUGCUUGGUUGUUACAGUUGUUGAAUGUCUCAUAUUUGACAUAGACAUUCUUCUAUGGGUAAUGGCUAUUCAUUGAGCCAGUCAAAGUGUAAAAUAGCUACAGAUUAUUGUUUUGCCUGGUCUUCACAAGCUGAAAUUCUAUUAAAUAUUUCAGCUUAUUAUAUUCGUGUUCUUCUGUAAACAACAUACUAACUACAGUCAAUAUUAAGAAGCUUUCAACCUAGGACGAUAAAGCGUUGAUACCUGAAUUUGAAAUGACUCAGUAUGCAUUAUAUCUCAUAAUUAUCCAUA